AUGGCGCCGCCCGUGCUCCCGAAUCCGUCCAACUUCUUGGCAGUAGCGCUGGUUAUCAACAGGUCUCGUGAUGGUCCCAACUUCGUCUUCCAUUAUCCACCCCAUGUCUUGCCGCCCAACGCGCAGUCCAAAAGUCACGAGCCAGCUGAUGGCUCGGCCGAGUACGACGAUAUCUUACUGGAGCGUCUCAAUGCCCCCGGCUCAGCAUCCCUCGACUCCGAUGCUAACGCGGACGAGCUCCAACAAUGGACUGCUGGGGAUGACCACUUGAUCACCGAAGACGGAACCCAAAUCGUUCCAUGGGAGCAUGUGGCUGGGUUUCCUACCAAAGAUCUUGCCAGUAUUCUGACCCCAGGGAGAGCCUAUCACAAGAAGCUCUUCCAACUCUCUCUGGAUCCUUUAUUCUGUGUUUCUUAUCCCAUCCACGUUCCCGAGAGUGGAACAUGGAAGAAGAAGAAGAAGAAAAACAAGAAGGCCAAGUCAGAGAGGGCCAAGUCUGUGCGGACGGAGGAGUCGGCGGUAUUUGUCGACAUCGAACCAAAUGAGGACACUGAAGAUGCCCCCAACGGCGCUGAUGCGUCGCAAAAUGAUUCCAAGGAAGAAGAACAGCCCCAACAGGACGAGCCUGACGACAAGCGCGCAUCAAUGACUAUGUUCAACUUGGUGUUCUUUCUGAAUCCGAAGAAACAUGAAGCCAAAGAGCUCAUCGAGACACUCUAUCUCAACAUCAUUAAGAAGAUCAACAAGGCAUUUAAGUACUGCCAACAGCGAAGCGAAUUUGUGUGGAAAGAGUCGAAGCGUAUUUCAGCCUUAAAGGACAAGGGGCGGGAAGACAGGCGCAAAAUGAGUUUGCUAUGGGACGAGAUUCUAUCAACAUCGUCUCUCGCAGCUUCUGUCCAGGACAUUUACGAAGCCGUCUCUCAGAACAAGAUUGCGGCCCUUCAGCUCGACACGGUAUUGGGUCCAGUCACUCCAUCUGUACAGAUUCCCGUGCCAUUCUACGUCACGGACUUGCACAACUAUGGACAGACAGAACAGAGGGGUCUCUGGCUGACGACUGCUAACUCCUUCAUCGGCGAAGACACCCUAGAUGAGCCCGGCUUCUUGGACCGCAACUUUGCUCUCUUGCUGAUGGGUGAUGAGAAGAAGAUCAUCGCCGAACUGCAGGCAGACUUGGAUCCAAGUACUGUAGCCAUGGUCGAGUUCGCCCGACUGUCGAAGCCUACACAAUCUUUCUAUCAAGUGGGCCAGAGCAACGUCUUGACGUUGAGCCAGGUGCGCAAGUACGCGCAACACUUCAUAUUCUGGCGGCGUGCUAUAGCAAUUCCACCCCUCCAUGCCCGCGACACAUACAUCAUGUCACCAAACUGCGAUACCCGCAACCUCCCCAGGGCAAGCCUCGAGUGGCAAAAGACGUUCCCCCUCGCACCACCUCUCACCAACUUCCUCGCUGAGCUAUCGUACGCGCCGAGGUCAUAUAAACACUAUUGCCCGAGUAAGGCUCAUAGGCCCACGUACCUCGCUAUGCUCGCGUGGCUCAUGCGCGGUGCGUGGGUCACUCAACUGUGCACAUUCGCCUACGUCGUUGUCUGGCCCGAGAUCAUCUACGAAGUCGAGCACAAGCUUGAAAGCGACGAACUGCGCAACGCCGAGGAUACCUCUUCCCUCAGCACCAGCAAUCCUCUGAGUAGCUCAGCGCUUGACGCGGCAGACGGGAAGUCUGAGGCAGGGAGCAGCAGUGGUGGUAGUGGAAGUGGCGGUACCGGCAGCGGCAUGGCAGCAUACAUCCCGUCGCACAUUGAGCAGACGGCAGAAAAGGCACGCCUAGAGCGCAUCGCAGAGAAGACGCAGCGCGAGGCGGCCGAAAAAGCCACGGCGCACGCGCGCAAGCUACCGCCCAUGGCGACGGACCAUCCGUCGACCAACGAGGCCCCGCACCUGGCGCGGAUGCCACCCUAUAUCAUCGUGGACGCCAAGAAGGCGACGGGCAAGGAGUCGCUCUACCUCGCGGCCAUUGGCAAGCGAUUCAAGGAUCCCAAGGUAGCCAAGGCGUGGCAGGCCAUGUGGAAGUACUUUAACGGGCAGACGGCUCUAGAGAGGAUCGCGUUGCAGGAAGACAUGAAACGUAAGGAGGCGUGGAACCUGCUAACGGCGAUGAGCGAGCAUUUGCUGUGUGUGAGGCACUGGUAG